AUGGCGGGCGCCUCCGACCCCCUGGAAGAUAUGCUCUUUUCAGAGGUGGAUGAAAAAGCCGUGAGCGACCUAGUGGGCUCAUUGGAGUCACAGCUUGCCGGACAAAGCAACCCAGUGGGAAAAACAGACGAAAACGGAGGCGCUGGCUCUGUGGCCCCCGCUAAUCAUCACUUAGGAAAAACGCUACCAGCUCCAGUGAGCACCACAACACUAGAACAACAACAACAAGGACGGCGGAAUAAACCUGAGAUGCGCCAGGAGAUCAACUCUAAAGACGCGAGUCCGGAUAAAACUGUCACAUCUCCUUCGCUCGGCUGCACCCCUUCUUUUGGCGAGCCGUCCACCACUUCGGCUGCCUGUGUGAACGCCACUAGCAGCGGUUCGCAAUCACAUGGAGCAUCCAUCACAACACUGACUGCAUCUGGUGUGUCAACUUUGGCAUCUCCGCCGGCCAGCAUCAGCACCACUGCAUCCAGCCGGGGCUCCAAGGUUUCCCCGGGCGCAGCGGAGACGUCGACGGAAGCGAACCCACCGAGAAAACGCAUCACGGCGCCGCGGAGGAGCGCUUCGGCUCGGAUAAAGAGUUUGAACGGCGCAGCUGUAACGACGCGGAGGAACAGCAACACAGCGGUGGGCGACAACGUUAGCCCCGCGGAGAGCACCGCAACUACACCAAACUCUACCCGACCGGUCACAGCCUCUAUUAACACGUCGACUUUCACCUUAUCCAACGCCAGCCUGCCUGUGGGGCAGUCGGCUAUUGCUCUGGACCGGGGGACUCCUACCAUUGCUUUGCAUAGACUCCCGAGUCACAUUGUGGCCAGUAUAGCCCAGAACGGCAACGGGACCAGCGUGUCGGCCUUGGUCCAGCAGGGCGCCCGGAUAGGAUCCGUCAGCUCCCCAGCUUCCCAGGGGAACCACGACAAAGCGGUCACAGACACUGGGGCUUCCAAAACAGACGAUUGUCAAUCCAAAAUUGUAAUGUCAACCCAGUCUAGUAGUGUCAACUCUGUAAUAAACACUGUUUCUCCUGCUUCUUCUGUUGUCACACCAACAACCACCACAGCAGCAGCUACAACCACCACGACAGUCAGCCAGCCUCUGAGCUCUGCCACCACCGCUGCAGGUGUCACAGUGAUGGCAGCUAGUUCUGUGUGUGGAACUGCUCACACUACAUCGGUGACCACCACUGUCACUAUGGUCAGACCCACAGCUCCCUCCCCAACGCCCGCCGUGGCCACCCCUGCACAGCCUCAGCCCCGUCCUGGACUCACUGCACCUCAAAGGAUUGUAGCCCCCCAGCUGAUUGUCAGACCACCUCAGCAGCAGACGACCAUUCAGCUGCCCCCUGGGUUUACCAUCCCGCCGGGGAUGGUGUUGGUACGCACGGAGUUAGGCCAACUGGUUAUGGUUCCUCAGCAGGCUUUGGCACAAGCUCAAGCUCAAGCUCAGGCCCAGGCCCAGAACAGCAUCUCUCCUCGACCUGCUACCCCCACCACAGGGGCAUCCUUCAGAGUAACAACUCCUCAGAAGGGCCCUGUGGCGCCGGCCGUGGCUGUGACGGCUCCGCAGCAGACCCCCGUGGUUAUGGCCCCCCAGGCCCCGGCCCAGGCCGCCUCCCAGCCAGUGCAGCCUCAGCAGACGGGCAUCGCCGCGGCCCCCGGAGCUCCUGUCGUGUCCCAGGAAAUGCAAGAGAAUGUGAAGAAGUGUAAGAAUUUCCUGGCCACACUUAUCAAGUUAGCAUCUCACAAUUCUCCGUCCCCUGAGACUUCAAAGAACGUCAAGGCUUUGGUUCAGGACCUGCUGGAUGCCAAGAUUGAACCAGAGGAGUUCACCAGCCGGCUGCAGACUGAGCUCAAGUCGUCUCCGCAGCCUUACCUGGUGCCCUUUCUCAAGAAGAGCCUCCCGGCCCUGAGGCUGUCUUUGCUGAAUAGUCAGCAGUCCCUGACCCAGCCCCCACAGCAGGGAGUCAAACCGGCACCCGGCGGCACCCCUCCUGCCAUCGUGGCUGGGCCAGCUGUCCGCAUACGCCACCCUAACAGCGUCAGCACCACUACGGGUGCCAAUACGCUGCCUGCUGGAACGCUUGGACAUGCAGCUGCCAUGGGUGUCAAGACAGGAGGCGCUGUUGGCGGCCAGGUUCGGAUGCCCGUGGUGAUCACACAGUCCAUCAGAGCGCAAGGAACAAUGGGAAAGGGAGCCAUCAUCCAAGCAGGCAAAAGUCCCAUGGGCCUGCCUGUUCAGAUCUCUGGGAAUCAGAAAAACAAGCUCAACGACCCCGGAGGAGGCUCUUUCAGGGACGAUGACGACAUCAAUGAUGUGGCCUCCAUGGCCGGGGUGAAUCUGAACGAAGAAAGCGCAAGAAUACUCGCCACCAAUUCAGAGUUAGUGGGAACGCAGAUCCGCUCAUGUAAAGAUGAGGCCUUUCUCCAUCCGGGGCUGCUACAUCGACGAAUUCUAGAAACAGCUAAGAAGUUUGGUGUUACGGAGGUCCCCAUGGAGGCAGUGACAUUCAUCUCACACGCCGCGCAGUCACGACUUCGGACUGUGGUAGAAAAAGUUUCUACGAUCGCACAGCAUCGACUGGACUCCUGUAAGGACGACGAGUGCUACGAGCAAUCCGCAGACGUUCGCUCUCAGCUUCGCUUCUUCGAGCAGCUGGAGAGAAUCGAGAAGCAGAGGAAGGACGAGCAGGAGAGAGAGAUCCUUUUGAAAGCCGCUAAAAGUCGCUCCAGGCAAGAGGACCCAGAGCAAGCUCGACUGAAACAGAAAGCUAAGGAGAUGCAACAACAAGAACUGGCCCAGAUGAGACAGCGAGAUGCCAACCUUACAGCACUAGCCGCCAUCGGACCCCGCAAAAAACGUAAAGUGGAUUCACCAGGAGCCACACCAUCAGGGACCGAGGUUUCCGGCAACACGGCGGGCUCCCCGGCCAGCUCCUCCGCCCCGUCCACCUCAUCACGCCAGUACACGCGGCAACGCAUCACUCGCGUCAACCUCAGGGACUUAAUUUUCUACAUGGAGCAGGAGAGAGAAACCGCCCACUCCCUCCUCCUUUACCGUGCCCUGCUCAAGUAGCCUCUGCUCCGCUCAGCGCCCACCUCAACCUCCUCCUCCUCUUUCCCAGCCACGUGCCUUCAGAUCAGGUCUAAUGUUUCAGCUCUGUGUCUCCAUAUGUACUGUAGUGAUGUUUGAUGUAGCUUUUAAUAACAAGCGAGAUAGAGAGAGAGAGAGAGAGAGAGAGAAAAAAAAACAAAACAAAAAUAAAACUGUUGUUCCGUGUCUUCUCCAUUUAGCUUCACGGUGUGUAGUUAGAUCAUUCAGUUUAAAGGCCAUAUCAUAUUCUUUUGUUGAAGUUGGAUUUGUUCGAGGAACGAUGUGUUUAUGUCACAGCACUUGACCCAGAACUCGCUCCGUGUAUCCUGGGUAGCUAUUUAUUGGCAGAAGCUUCAGUGAACCUCUCAAAAAAAUCGGGAUUACUUUGGCUAAGAGAAUUAUGUCCACACCUUGAUACAGCCUACAAUAUUCUCCACGAGCUAUUUGUUGAACACAGUUCAAUGAAUGUAGUCCAGCUGAACUUUAGCAAUCUUUACAGAUUUCUAGACCAACAUGACAAGUUUGAAAUAUUCAGAUUCCAAAUAACAGCAUCGUGUUCAAAAUGUCCUUAUUGUACGUGUAAAUAGUUCUUUUUGAAUUAUUUUACAGCAUGUAUAUUUUUAUCACAUGUAAGCUUUGUAAGAAAAGGAAUAAUCCAUGUGUCGAUAUUAUGAAACCUGAUGUUUUGUACAACCAUGUGCUUUGAAAGAGUCAAAUUUAGACAGUUUAUUCUGUAGAGUAUUGUUAUGAGGCAGACUCCUCCCAAACCUUCUGCAAAGGUCAUUUAACAGAACCACGGUCCGCACUAUGUGACACCAGUUUCCAAUAGGUCACCCUUGUUAAGUGAGUCAGUAUUUUUUAUUUUCGUUUUUCGAAACCACACAAUAAUGUGAACAAUGUUUUUUAUAACUAGUCGUAACUCGUGUCCUCCAGUAUGAUGCCAGUUUUAGAAGGUAAGUUUUGGUGAUGUUCUAGGUGGGUUGGUGUCUGGGGAGAAUGAAAACAGACAUUCCUUUAUCUCUUACUCUCAUUGUACCAUCUGCACAUUACUGAAGUUAGAAGGAAAAAAAAAAUAAAACAUUUCAAGUGUUCUCAAGGGGAGCCCUGGAGCAACAACACCACCACCAUCACCACCCACACUUUGAUAAGGACUGAAUGACAAAGGUAAUCCAUGAAGCGUUUUAGUGCGCGGCACUUCUGCUUGUUUGUAUUCUGAUUCAAAAUGAAACAUCACAGCUGUAAAGUCAUGUUUAACUGUGGAAGGAAGCGGUUCAAUGAUUCCAGCCUAAAACUGAUCCCAUUUUGUUUUGUCUCUCUUUGUAUUGCCGACUGAAGAGAGCUUACGGGACAAAACACCUGCUUUUUCCAUGUCGUCUUGCAUUUUCGCCUUGUCAUUUUUUAUUUUUUUAAAACAAUCCUUAUUGUAUUAUGUAAAAUUGUCCAUUCUGGUUUAUUUUUGUUUGUUUUUUUUCUAUUUAACUAAAUAUCUUGGCCUCUAUGCAGCUUUUCUUGUCAUAUUGAAAUUUAUUUAAAUAUGGGUGACAUUUGAAACAAUUGUUGUGCAUUGUACAUUUUGACAGCACUUUUUUUAAUAUCUAUUUUAUCUGACAACUAAAAGCUGUCACUGUAUUAUAGCAAAGAAAUUACUCUUUUAAGUAGUAAAUGGUAUUGCCAAUUUCUGUCAAAGGACAAUUAUUUUUAACAAUUAAUAUAUUUCUUUUUCGUUUUGUUUUUUUUUUCUUUUCUUUUUUUUGAGAUUGGCUUUUAUGCUUAACACAUUUUCAUAAAUUUUAUCUCCAAAAAUACCAUGUUUUAAAAACAAGCACAACAAUACCUAUUGUGGUUCAAAUGAUUUUAUUAAUGAUUUCUAUGGUUUCUGGUGGUUUCACAGGAGGACAUUUCUACUACUACUACAACUACUACUACAGCAGCUUUUUAGCCAAAAUAUUAGGACGAUAUUCCUGAUGUAAACAGACGGGGAAAUAACAUUUCAAUGUAAGGAUGAUUUGUAAAUAUUGUUUACAAAACUAUGUGUUUAUUAGAACCACGUUAUUUUUGGUAAAACUCUUGUACAUAUCUUGAAGAUUUCCUGUUUGUGUGAAAAAACAAUACUUAUGUAUUUGUACCUAUUUUGUAAAGGAAUAAAUAAGCUGUUUACUAAACUAAA